AAGCGCAUCCAUGGAGGAGAAACCCCGGGACUGAAACCUAGACCAACGCCAGAAUCUGGUCGGAACCUGCCCCAAGAGAAACCACCGGGAACCUCCAAGAACUCAGAGAACCUCUGGGAACCCCAGAAAACCCCCCGGGAACCACGAGAAACCCCCACGGGAACCUCCAAGAACCCAGAGAACCCUACCGUGAACCCAAAGCACUCCCCCAGGAACCUACAGUCCUCCGGGAAACUCGCUCAGAACCAGUGACUCCAGCGGACGAAUGGCGGCUCGGGCAGAACUCCUUUGGGCUACCAACGUGGUCCUGAUGCUGAUCGUUGUGGCCGUCGGGAUGGAGGCGGCGCCGACCGGAGCAGGUCUGGCGGGUCCACCGGACCCCCUUCCCCGGUCCCCCCCCGAGACCCUGGACCUGGUCCCGAUCCCGGUUCCCUACAUGAGGCGCUGGCUCCUCAGUGCCGGAGCGGCCGAGGACACGACGGGCGGCACCACCAGGGUGAUGAGGCCCGGCAGAACCAGGACCAGCAUCAGGACCAGCACCAGGACCAGCACCGACACCACCGGGUCGGACCGGCGGGCCAAGAUGCUGAAGAUGAUCUCGGCGCUGGAGGGAAUUCACCGGACCUUCAACAGCACGCUGAGCUCCCAGAUCUCCCUCAUGGCCCGAGCAGGCGGCAGAAACCCAGCAAGAAAAAAUAAAGUGGUCCCGGCAGCAGACGCCGGGAUAAAACCGACCACGGCCGCCCUGUCCCCCGACGACAGCACGGCCUCCAGAACCAGCGCCGACGCCGCCCUCACGGGCCGGAACCUCAGGAAGUCCCAGACGCCCCAGACCAAGAAGACCAACAAGAGAGUGUGUUUUUGGAAGUACUGCUCCCAGAACUGAGCGUCUCUGGCCGUUGCUGACCUUCCCGUGACCUUCCCGUGACCUUCCCGUGACCCUGCGGUUCCACCAAGUGUUUUUACAGUGUGGACACUUUAUUUAUUGUCCAGUCAUGUUUGAAACUCCAGAAAAGACUAUUGUUUGGACGUCCCGGACGGUUCCAGAGGACUCAGUUCAUCCUCCACCUGUUUCAUCUCGUCUUUCCUUCCUGUCCUUCGUUUGACUCUGACCUCUAAAGGUCCAGGAGACGGUCGCCGUGGAAACGGGGAGCUCUGAAUUCCUCUCCCCCGGCCGGCGCCGGCCUCCACUCGGACCUUUUCAUUCGCUCAUUAAUUAACAAGACUGACCAAUCAAAGACGACGAUGUGUGCUGGAGUCCUGGCACAUGAACACACACACACACACACACACACACACACACACACACACACACACACACACACACACACACACACACACACACACACACACACACACACACACACACACACACACACACACACACACGUUAAUCCUCCAUCAGAAGA